AUGCUUCGUGCCACGAGUGAACUGGAGUUUUCGAAAGAAAAAAAUACGGAGGAGAUCUCCCAGCUCGCUUCCCUGGUGCUGUCAGGUGACACAUCAACCGGCGAAAAAAACUCAACUGGUUUACCCGAAAAAACUGGCUAUCCGGACUCCGUUUACAUUAUGGCAGCAAAUGUUUUUCAGGGUAUUCGAUUCGAAAAGUCGCCAGAGAAAGUCUUAAUAAAGUAUGGGAAUGAACCCCUGCGGUCCUUGCCGGAGUCUGAGGAUGAAUCCUUUCAGCGUUCGUCCUAUGAGCUGGCUUUCAGUGCUCUGAAGUUUCAAGAUAUUUUGGAAGCUAUAUUAAUAGACAGUUGUAUCUUCCCAAGUACCACAAUACCAGAUCAUUUGAGCAGUCUUAUUAUUGUGAUGCUGUAUGAUUUUCAAGAUAGAAAAUUUCAAGCUCGUUUCGUUUCUGAUAAUGAAGAACCCAUAGCAGAAGUUCAAGAAGUAGAGAACCUUCUUAACAGUUUUAAGAUAAAAUUGGCUGCAGCAUUGGCAAGAUGUCGAAUCAAACACGAUGCCCUUUCAAUUUACCACAUUCUUCCAGAAACAGUUAGGAACCAGGAACUAAGGGCCUCCACUUUGCCACUUUAUGCUUGGAUAAAUACUUGUAAAAUCAGCCCUGAAGAAGUUUAUUAUAGUUUGAAGAAAAGAGGCUAUAAUAAAGUCAAAUCUGUAUUGCAUAUUGAUGAUAAAGUCUUUGCUGUGGACCAACAUUGCUAUGAUGUCUUAAUUUUUCCAUCUCGUCUUAAAAAUAAUCUUCUAAAUAUAGAUCUUUUCAAAGAUUAUAAACUUAUAUUUCAGGACAAAUCUCGAAGUCUCGCUGUCCAUUCUGUAAAGGCUUUAUUAAAUAUGGAUGAUGAUAUCUUAAUGGUCAAUACAGGUUCAUGGUACACAGUUGCCCAUAUGUCAAUAUUAACAAAUAAUAAUACCUCAAAAAUAUUUGUGUGUGGAGUAAAAUCUCAAGCUAAGGAUCCUGACCUGAAGAACCUUUUUACAAAAAUGGGAUGUAAAAAUAUUGAAAUACUUCAUGAGGCAUUUCUGAACAUUGAAUCAAAGGAUCAUAGAUUGCAGAAAGUUAAAGUGAUUCUGCUGCUUCCUCACUGCUCAGGACUGGGUGUUAGUAAUCCAGUGGAGUUUAUAUUAAAUGAGCAUGAAGAUACAGGUGUACUUAAAGAUUUCUCUCAAGGAGGUACAUCAGAAGAUAAACUUCACAUUCUUGUUCAACAGCAAUAUGAACAGCUAACACAUGCAAUGAAAUUUACUAAAGCUCAAGCAGUUGUUUAUUGCACGUGUUCUGUUUAUCCAGAAGAAAAUGAAGGUGUUGUUAAGAAAGCACUGGAAUUUCAAGACCAUGGGAUUAAAGUACAACCUUAUAGGCUUAGUCCUCCUGUCCUUCCACUGUGCUCCUUAAAGGAAAUACAUUUGUCUACUGAUAAGUUUUUCAGAAUGGAACCAUCUGAAAUUACCAAUGGUUGUUUUCUUUCUGUUCUAACAAGGGAGCGGGACCCAUCUGAGGCAGUGUCUGUGAAAGAUGUUUUGGCCCGUGCUGCAGCAAAGGGUCUACUGGAUGGAAUUGAGUUGGGUAAAGCUUCAAAACGGGAGAAGAGGAAGAAGAAGAAAUCAAAAAUACCAUUGUCAAAAGCCCCCACCAAUGAUAGUAAUGACAUCCAAAUGAAAAUUGCUGAAUUCCUGAAUCGAGAAAGUAAUGCAAAUGCUAAUCGGUCAGAGACAUUAGCAACAAAAACAUCUCUUCCACAGAAAAAUACAACUACAGCUGGUUCUUCCUCGCAUGUCAGAAAACCCAACAAGCCCACCAGCAAUCCUUCAGUGCCUACAUUUAUGAAGAACACAGCUCAACCCAGACCGUAUGAACGGCAGACAAACUUCGUAAGAUCUCGCCCAGAAGACAGAGUGAUGGCACUGAAACCUGUAGAGAUUGUUUUGCCUCCAGUAAUGUUGCCAUUUUCAGGUUCCCAAGGGAUCAAAUCUCAGAUACCAACUCAACAUUUUUACUAUCGUUGGGUUGGACCCAACACUGUCCUGCCCAACUGCUUUCCCUCACCAUCAACAUCCAGAAGAGGGGAAAAGCCUAGAGAAAACUUACCUUCCUCCCUACUCAGGCAUCCUCGACCAUGGCUUUGA